AUGGACUUCAUUGUCUGGGUCGUGUCUAGCAUCCUCCGCUGGAUGCGAUUGAAGGUCUACCAGUAUGAGGUGACCUUCUCCCUAUAUAUGCUUACGCCGAUUGAGAAGCUCAUCUUCAACACGCUGCUCCUUGGUCUUGUCACCAUGAUCGCUAUGGGCACUUACAUUUACCUCCCCGACCACCUCCGCGCCAUCUACGGCCGCCUCUACUACUACUGGGCCGGUGAGCGCUUGUUCAACUCGGUCUUUGGCGAAAAUGGCGUUGCCACACAAAUUGGGGACAUGGUGUACGAGACGGCAAAGAAUGCCGCUGCCACCACGACCAAGCGCAUUGCUGAACUGUGA